GGAGCGGCCGAGACUCUGGUCUGGACCAGGGGGGGGAGAGAGGAGAGGAGAGGGGGCGAGGAGGGGGGUAGCACCCGGGCUGUGGGGGGGGUGUGGGAUUCUCACAGCCCCCGCCAGACUACGAUGUCCAGACGCAAACAGGGCAGCAAGCCCCAGCACCGCAGCGAACUCAGCCGUGAAGACGAGAAGCUGGAAGAAGGUCAGGGUUCAGAGGUGACCAUGCCGCCCGGCCGUGACCCCGCGACCCCGGACCUGCUGACCUGCGGGCAGUGCGGCCUCUCCCUCCCGCUGCGCCACAUCCUCCACUUCAUCCAGCACAAGAGGAGCGACUGCAGCCGGCCCCGACGCCCCCGAAACUCCCCCGGCCCACCGCACUCCCCCCCACCCACCCCCGGGCUCCGGGUGGGGCAGGGGGCCCGGUCGGGGGAGGGGCAUGAUGAUGGCACCCCCUGUGGGAGGUAGAUGGAACCCAGUUGUUACAUCUGCACCUCCUGCAAGGAACCGUUCUCCAGUGCCUGGGACUUGCUACAACAUGCCCAGUACCACCAUGGUCUUCACAUCUUCCUGGAGAUGGACCAGUGCGAUUCCCCUCCGACCCUCAGCGCUGAAGACCACCACCACCACCACCACCGCCCCCCCUCCUCCUCCUCCUCCCCCCCUCGGGACGGGGGGGCUCACUUCCCGGUCCCCCGACACCCAGGGACCCCCUUCUUCGCCCCUCCCCAACACGGGGGCCCGGAGCAGAGCGACAGCGGGUCGGAGGACACGGGCCCCUCCGGCCGCGGGCUGCCCGACUUCUCGCGGAGGCUGCGGACUCUGGCCGGAGGUCCGGGCCGGGGGGGCGGGGGAGGGGCCCGCCAGCGGUCACCGCACGGCCGGAGCAAGGACUGCGAGUUUUGCGGGAAGACCUUCAAGUUCCCCAGCAACUUAGUGGUGCACCGUCGAAGCCACACCGGGGAGAAACCCUAUCGCUGCCCCUUGUGUGAGCACGCCUGCAGCCAGUCCAGCAAGCUCAAGAGACACAUGAAGACUCACGCCGGCCUCUUCAAUGGUUGGCCUCUUACCUCCGCAAACAGGGCAAACCUGAAAGGACCAGUGCCCCAUCGCCGGAGGUACGCAGGAGGCCAGCAGGACACAAGCGUCAGUCCAGCCAUCACCUCCCAGGAAGAGAUGGGCUUGAAGGUGAAAGGGCUGAAGGUGGAGCCAGACGUGGAGGAGGAACAACAGCCGGAGGAAGCAACUGAGACGUCUGACUGCGAGGGGAACGAGUCCGACCGUCUCCACGACAACGGGGAGGCCGAGAGGCCUGGCUCCUCUCCUGGGGCCCCUGGCUUGCCCAAUGGUGAGGCCGACGGGCCUUGCUCAUCACCCCGGGCCCCUAGCUUGGCCAACGGUGAGGUGGAGAGGCCUGGCUCCUCACUCCGGGCUCCAGUCCUGGCCAACGGCUUCGGACGGCACGUCAAGAGGCCUCUAGGCCCACCGCCAGCGCGAGGGCCCAUCAAGGCCGAGCCGGGGCAAACUCCGGACGAGGCGGGUCCCAACUUCUACUCCCGCUGGCUGGCGGACUGCGCGGCCUCCCGGGGCCUCCCGCUGGCCCCUCCCUCCUCGUCCUCCCCGGCCCCCCGGGCCUCUCCGGCCUCCGAGAACGGGGGCUCCUGCUCGUCCACCCCUCCCCGCGACGUCUCUGCCGACAGCGGCACCGCCAGCGGCCACAGCACGCCCAAGCGCCCGGCCGGGGAGGAGGGCCGCUGGGCAGGGGGCCCCAGGCAAGGCCCAGGCUCCGGGCCGGGCCUAGGCCGACGCCGCAACUCCUGCGAGUUCUGCGGCAAGGUUUUCCGCAACGCCAGCAACCUGACGGUUCACCGACGCAGCCACACCGGCGAGAGGCCGUACCGCUGCCAGCUCUGCGCCUACGCAUGCACCCAGAGCAGCAAACUGACCCGUCACAUGAAGACACACGUGCAGCCCGGGCGUGAGGUCUAUCGCUGCCACACCUGCGACAUUCCCUUCAGCAUCUACAGCACCCUGGAGAAGCACAUCAAGAAACUACACAGUCACCCCAGCUACACAGAUACGCCCCUCACAAGCUAGGGGGUACCCCCCUCACCCCCUCACUCUCCCUCCCCCUUCCCACCUCUCCCCCUCACUGUCCCCCU